AUGUCAGAGAUCUGCCUAAAGGAGUCAGAGGUGGUCUUGUGUGGGGGGUCAGAGAGCAUGAGCCAGGCUCCAUAUGCUGUGCGCAACAUACGAUUCGGUACUAAGUUUGGAGUUGACCUCAAGAUGGAGGACACUUUGUGGGCGGGGCUGACUGACCAGCACGUCAAGAUCCCUAUGGGCAUCACAGCAGAAAACCUGGCCGACAAAUACCAGAUCACACGAGAAGAAUGUGACAAGUACGCACACCAGACGCAGCAGAGGUGGAAGGCAGCUCAUGAGGGUGGUCACUUCACAGCAGAAAUUGCUCCCAUUGAUGUGAAGGCCAAGAAAGGCACGGUGGCCAUGGCUCAGGAUGAACACCCUCGCCCCCAGACCACGCUGGAGCAGAUGGCCAAACUACCUCCUGUCUUCAAGAAGGGAGGAACCGUCACUGCUGCCAAUGCAUCGGGUGUAUCGGAUGGUGCUGCUGCUGUGGUGAUUGCCAGUGAGGAUGCGCUGAAAGAGCACAAGCUGAAACCGCUUGCCAGGAUAGUGGCAUAUCAUGUGUCAGGUUGUGACCCGAGCAUCAUGGGAAUUGGCCCGGUUCCAGCGAUCACAGAGGCUCUUAAGAAGGCAGGACUGUCUCUCAAAGACAUGGAUCUUGUUGAGUGUUUGGUGCCCCCUUGA